AUGACUAUUUUCACCGCAACCAGAAUUAAGCAAAACAGGCACAAACUAAAUCUUCCAUUAACUACUGAAAUCGGCGUUGAAAUCUUUUGGGGUGAAAAAAAGAGAAUCCAAUGGCUCAGUUCUUCCCAGAGCUUUAAGCCCAGCGAGUCCACCCUCCGCCCCGUCCGCCGAAGAGCUGAACUAACGGUUUCCGCGCGGCCGGGCGCGGGGGCUCGCGGGCUGUCCCCGCGCCCCGAAAACAAAAGGGAUUCCCAGCCAUUGUCCUCCGCGGCGCUGAGCAUCACCAGCACUAGCAAGGCAGUAGCUUGCGCAGUUAUCUCCACAGCGGGCAAUGUCACAACCCGACCAACAGCACAAACUACUACCUCAGCCAGGGCCAUGGUGUCGGGAGCCUCCGGACCGCGCGGAGGGCAGCGGGCGGCACGCGCCCCUCCGUCCUUCCUCGGCCACCCCUUCUCCUUGCGCUCUUCGCGCCGCGCCCGAGACCCCGCCCAGCUCCACCGCUGCGAUCUCCCGGCCAGUGGCAGCAGUCACCGCGGGCGUCCUCGCCCACCACGGCUCCAGAGAGGCGGCGGGCUCCGCCGAGGAAAGCCGCGCCCUCAUCUGGCGCCACCAGAAAGCAGGAAACAGGCGGCAAAAGCGUGGCGAGACGCCAGGGAAUCGACGAUCCCCGAGAAGCCGCGGGCAGCGCUCCUAGGUUCUGCGCGCAGCCCGCGGGGACCCCGCGCCCCUCCCGCCCGCCGCGACCUCGGGCGGCUCCGCACCCGCCCGGCCGCCGCCCGCUCUCCGCGAACGCCCGGGCACGUCCCACAGAGGCGGCCGCCGGCUUCAGCGCGGCGGCUCUGGCCGCGGCAUAGUCCGGAAGUCCCCAGGCCACCGGUUCCCCAGCACCCUUCGGGGGAAUCCCGCGCGGCUCCGCAAGAGGCGAAAACAGCGCCCAGAAACCCCGUCAAACUGAAACUGGGAUGUGAGGUGGGCUGGGUUCCGGCGCUCGGCUCGGGCAGACACAGGACCCGUCUCGCGCUCCACUGCUCCAGUGCUCCAGACGAACCAUAGAGAUCACUUAAGGAGGCUGGCGCGCUACUCCCAUCACGUGACCGCCCGCCCGGCAGCCCCCCGCGCCGCCAUCUUACAUCCGGGAGAGAGGCGGUGUCUCCGCCGCUCCCCUCGGCAAGAUCCAACGUGCCUCUAGGAAUCAGCCCCCAAAGGAGGCCCUAGACUUCACGUCACCGCAGUGCUGAGGCCGCGGAGCUGGCCCCCAGUUCUCCCAGUGGGGCCCAGGGAUCCCCUAUAUUGCCCUGGUCUCUGCCCGCAGAGAAGAUGGCGGCGCGUACCGUCGCCGAAGUGGACACGUUGUACUUUGGCCUCGUUUAAAGUUUCCGGCGCCUCUUCUCCUAUCCGGCAAGGACACAGCCCUGUUGUGCUCCACCCCUGCGGCGUGGCCACAGUGCUACUUUCCGCGGAAAAUAGGCGGGAAAUCCGCUCAACAACUCGCCUUAAUGCGCAGGCUUUAGGACUAGCGGGUUUGGGACCUCCCCCCUCUUCUAGGCCAAGUUUGGGAGAAGGCCGACUGCCCUGGAACGUUUUUUUGCUCUUGGCCCAAACAACUUUUCCCUUUGCUUCCCAUUUAGAGUGUUUGUUGUUUUGUUUUGUUUUUUUAAAGAAAAAAGUUACUAGGGGUUGCCAGAUAAAAUAUAGGAUGCUCAGUUAAAUUGGAAUUUCAGAUACUUUUUAAAAGCGUAUGUAUGUCCCACGAGCUCAAAAAAAGUGAUCUAAAAUUCAAAUUUAUCAGGACAUCAUCUAUAUUUACUAAAUCUGGCAAUCCUGUUAGUCGUGAAGCUCCUGAAAAUCCAGACUACAUAUAGCAAAAAUAAGAAUGGUGGGAAAUGAAAAGCAUCUUCAGCUAUAAUUUGGGACUUUGCCUACACUUUGAUUCUCUCACGGCACCUAGAAGGCUACGAACCCGAGCGGCAUUUAUCAACAAUACGUGAAGAACAUUUAUGCAUGACUUGUUUUUUUGGGGAAAAAACUUCCCUCAAACCAGCACGGUGUGAUUUUGAACAGCAUCUAAGGCUGAGUCUCACCGCAAAUUUAAUGUUUCUAACCUAUAUGGGAUCGAACUCGGGUCCUUCUGCUUGCAAGGCAGGCGGUGGAAACCACUGAGCUAAAUCCCCAGCCCCUGAACCACUUCUGAAGCAAGACAUGGUGAUCAACAAGACUUUAGAUGAUCAAGAUUCUCCAUUUUGAACUUUGGAUGCUGGUGGAUGCAUGAAAUCCUUAAAGGGAACCAGUGCCUCUUUAAGUGCAGAGCAGACUUCCGAAGAUGAGCAGGUGAUGCAUUCUACUAAAGUUGGGUAUAAGGCAAUUACUUGGGCCCAAGUAUUCCCAUCAACUGUAAUGUAAGAAGUAC